AUGGCAUCUUUAACUGUAGCAAACACCAGUUUCUCCCUCAACCUGUUCAAGAAGAUCAGAGAGAACAAUAAGACAGGCAAUGUGUUCUAUUCUCCUCUGAGUAUCUCCUCAGCAUUGACCAUGGUCUAUCUGGGUGCUGAGGGAAACACUGCAGCUCAGAUGUCUGAGGUGAGUUUGCACAGCUUCUCUGUACACAAAGCUGAGGAGGUUAUUCAUAUGGGCUUCAGCAGUCUCUUUAGUGAGCUGAACAAAGAGGGAGUCCCAUAUUCUCUGAGCCUGGCCAACCGCCUGUAUGGAGAGCAGUCCUUCCAAUUUGUUGAGAAAUUCCUUAACGACACCCAAAAAUAUUAUGGGGCUGAACUGGAUGCUGUGGACUUCAGAUCAAACCCAGAGGCUGUCCGUAAGAACAUAAACGACUGGGUGGAGAAACAGACACAAGACAAAAUCAAGGACCUGUUGGCUGAAGGAAUUGUAUCUUCACAGACAAUACUUGUCUUGGUUAAUGCCAUCUACUUCAAGGGCUUCUGGAAGAGAAAGUUUGCAGAGAGUGACACUAUACAAGUUCCAUUUCAGCUGAAUAAGAAUGAGACAAAACCAGUGCAAAUGAUGUUUCAGACAGACCAGUUUAAUAUGGCCACUGUCCCUGAGGUCAACACUCAGAUUCUAGAACUUCCUUACAGAGGAAAGGACCUUAGCAUGCUCAUCAUGCUCCCAAAUGGGAUAGAUGAUGACACCACAGGUCUUGAGAGGCUGGAGAAGGAACUCUUCUAUGACAAUUUUGUUGAAUGGACAAGACCAGAUAAGAUGAAUCCUGUGGUGGUAGAAGUUGGCCUGCCCAGGUUCAGGAUGGAGGAGACCUAUGACCUGAAAGAUCUCCUGAUCAGCAUGGGCAUGGUGGAUGCCUUUAACCAAGCUGACUUCUCAGGAAUGUCACCCAACAAAGAUCUGGUGCUGUCCAAGGUGGUGCACAAGUCCUUUGUGGAGGUGAAUGAGGAGGGCACAGAGGCAGCUGGGGCGACCAGUGCAGUUGUGAAUGUUCUUAGUGCCAGGCCCGUUUUCAUUGCGGAUCACCCUUUCCUCUUUUUCAUCCGACACAACCCCACUCAGAGCAUCCUUUUCUGUGGCCGCUACAGCUCUCCUUAA